CCUUUAACCCGUGAUACCACCGAGUUUCGAGUGAACACUGUGCAACGAACCGUUCGGAAUAAGCCUGGCCGUUCAAGGACGCGGAUAGAACAGAUUGUCAAUGAACACGCUGGAAAAGGUGAUACAGUUCUCGUUACCGAUGAACCCAAGGAAGUCUUCGAAUUCCAAAUAACGUCAGCCGUGGAACACGAUGAGGAACGACUCGGAAACGCGAUCGCGCGCCGUGGGGCUCACCCUUUCGGAAAUUGGAUCGUUCGGCAGUAAUUUACGAGGCCCACAGGAAAUUCAACGGCGAGGCCGACACGUGUACAGGUCGGGACGCGUCGCGAUCCCGCUGCCUCCGAUUUCCAUGCAUCUCCGCGGAGUUGUUCGUCACGCCUGCGUCGUCCACGUGCACGAGCUUCGCUGUUAAUCAUGGCGUCCUGUUUAUGUUUCCCUCCUCGGGAGCUCCUCUGGAAACAUAGUGGCGACAGACGACGGUGGAGUUACAACUCUGGCAAUCGGCGGCACGGUCAGGAGAGAGCCAGCUUUUUCAAAGCCCGUGUACUCAGAUUCCUAUCUUCCCGCGGCCAUGCAGGUGAUAUUCCACGCAGUGGAGCAGCUGAAGCUGCUGCAGUCCGACGAAACGCGAGAAGUCGUGAGCAGCACCACGCCAAUCUGCCUCGCGCAGUCUAGCCAACAGGCAACCGGAGAAUCGACGACCGUCGCGCCGGAAGUGAGUAACAGUCAGUCGGACGAGGGCAAGGAAGAGGAGGGAGCGCCGGCGGAAGCGGAGGAAACGACGAGUCGCGCGGAGAAUACGACGAAGUCGCUGGGAACGCGCGAGGAAUCGACGGAGGAUUCCGUCAGCUGGCUAGAAGCGAGCUCAAGUCAUCAGGAGCCGGCGGAGGCGAGCUUAAGUCAUCAGGAACCGUCAGAGGUGAACGAGGAAACGCCAGAAACGAACUACGCGACGCCGGAGGCGAAUUACGAGCUGCCGGAAGCGGUGCACGCCGUCCAGGAGACGAACGAAGAAGUCACCGAGGAGGAUCAAGAGUUCGACGCUUCCUCCGUCGGCCCAGAUGCCUCUUCCGACGCGGAAACGAGCGUCGGAGAAGCGAACGCGGGAUCAACGAGUACUUCCGGUUCGUUGUUGAACCAGGAAUCGAUCGCAGAGCCUGAACAGAAGAAGAAGCAACCGACUAUCGACAGCGUGGUACAGGUGGUGUACGAUAUCGUGAAGACCACGCCGUCCGAGCUGGUUGACGAGGACACCGCGGCUAGCGGAGAGUCGAAGAGCGUCACGGGAAUGUCUGUGGAGAAGAUGGAGAAUAUGGAGGACGAGGAUGAUGAGAACAGAUUCACGCGUCUCGGCGAGAGGGUGACGCAAGUGCCAAGGCCGAGCUUAACCAGCUACUUAAGACGCGCUAAAGUGCCGCCGAGCGCCACUCUUCAGCAACUGGCGAACCUCUACGACUCCCUGAGCAAGGACGCCAGGAAACAAGGGUUCGGCAAGUACACCGGGUACUCGGACGAGGUGCUGAAUACCCUGGAGACGUCCGCGGAAGGCGGAGUCGUGCCGCAAUUGAGGAAAAUCUUGGACAAGGUCUUGGAGCGGAACGAACUGACGAGGGAAGACGCGAGGACUAGGACCACGCAGGCUGUCCGGGACCUCAACAAUCCCUCGAGCGCCCUCAGCAAGGAGCUGAGGCCUCUGCUGCCUCUGCGAUACUCGUCCUAAUUGUCGAUGUUACCAUUUUCGUGAUCAUUCUCCUGUAUUUAUGAUUAAUCGACGAUUUUUCUUUGAUUCUGCGAGAGUAGCGGCGCGAGUAUCAUAUAAAUGAAUAAAUGGCUGAAUAAAGAUAACAGAGGUCCAGGUAUUUCGAAUAGUUAGUAUCUGUAAAUGUGUGGCCAGUGUCUUGAAUUGAAUAAUCGAAUUGAAUUUAGUCAUCUUCAUUUUGGAGAGAGCAUCGAUCGGUCACCUAUGAAAUGAAUCGAGAAGGCUGAAUAGAGAAAGUGCAGCUACACGGAUGAAGAGACACUAUAACAUCGUCUAUGUAGAAGUAACACAUAAUAAAACGCUUCGAUAUAUCUACCGGUUAACACGUUCGCUACCAGCGUUUGUUUCAGUGGCGAUCCUCUCAAUUAUAUUUUAUUCGAUUCAAACUAUUGAAACGAAUGAAGCUAAAACGAGUCGUUCGAUCCCUGAAUGUAAUUUCGUAGCUUGUAACACCAACUAACGAUAUCUACAGGAUUAGUUUCAUUUUCUUUAUAUAAAACAUAGGAUUGCGGCCGUCGCAAAUAUGCGACACCGGUAGCGAACGCGUUAAGUGACUCAUUUUACCGCGACAACCGCAAUAAGUUGGGACCAUUAUGAAUACAAUAUACUCGACUCGGUUGACGUAUGAUUCAUGAUUCUUUUCGGUACAGUCUCUAACGAAACCACCGUGAAACGUGCACUUCAAUUUGAACCUACAGAACUGUCUACGUUGACUAGUUACAAACUUAACACUUCAUCAUUUUAUCUAAUGAAACAAGUGUUCGAUUUAGGAAUCUUAAUUCUCUUCGAAAUCCAGCAUUUAUUUUACAAUGCCUUCCGGUAAAGGACCAAGUAAUAAUUAGAAUAGCUCGAUGUAACGAAUAUCACCGAAAUGACGAGUAGAUUGUUGGCGUCAGCUAGCUCGUCAGGGUUCUAGGCACAUCGUCGACGAAAAUCCCGCGAAUUUCAUCAAUCCGCCUUGACCCGCCGCCGCGCCGGCCGAAUCCGCUGGCGAUAUUGUUUAUUGCUAGGACGAUAUGGGUGGACACUGGCCACAGAGCGUUGUUACGUGCUCCGAAUGGCGAUAUCGUUAAGCAAUUUCUGUGUCAAUGGUUUGUCCCACGGUGGGGGGCAAAGGCGUAGACGAAAAACAAUGGCGAUGCGCGGCCCGUCGAGAGGACGGCGUUGCGGUUUUACGCCGUUGGCCGGCAAGCAAGUAUAAAUGGAUUUUGAAAUCAAUGGGUCCUUCAGUUGAUCGCGUCCGCCUCGAAUGAAAGGAUUAAUCGACCGAGCGUGUGACAUGGGGAUUCACUUUCUGGCACUUUGGCUUCUCUGCCUCUCCGCGGCCGAUUCGAAGCCGCAGAUAACGAAGUUGUUUCCGGUCCAGGAGGCCAUCGAGUAUCAUCAGCGCACCAGCAACGAGACGAAACUGGACAAGUUCCUGGGGAAACUGUGGGCCACGUACAACUUCGUGU